AUGUCGCAGAGACCUCUGCGCCCAGGCUCAUGGUCCGAAGAUGUGCCUCAGUCUGAUGCCGAGCGUGCUGGGCCGGUAGGCAAGGCAUCGCGAAGAUCUCCUCUGCGCACUCGUCCACAGUCCUGGCAUCCAUAUGGCCCUGUGGAACCGCCGCUGGACUCUUCAACCCAGCUGCGCCCUAUCGGCGUCCAUGCCAUCUUGAAUCAUCCCGAGCAGGCUACAGCCGAGGCUGGCUCCCGUGGGCGUCGGGAGUCCUUGGGAUUGCCGGCACCGUCUUCUUCUCCUCGUUCGCGUCAGGGCUCUCUACCUUCAGCUCGGCCGGUGCAUCCUCUCGCCCAGCAGCGGCCAUUAUCUCCCAGAACGCAGCCACAUUCCAUGCUGACUCCGGAGUCACCAUCGGCUCGGUUUGUAGGCGGAGCCGCCAGAAGCUCGGGUCCAUCCAGCGUUGUCCAGUCACCGUUAAUCUCGGUAUCUCAAGAACCUUCAAGGCACCCAGCCUCCACCUCACCAUUACCCUUGGAUUCCAUGCUCAGACCAAUCACCUCAUUACCUCCAGCUUCCACUUCGCUGCAUUCAACCCCGACCCUGCACUCGCGGCGGUCCAGCAAAGGCCCAAGCCGGCUCACCACCCCAAACUCCCAGGAAACAAGCCCAACAACACCGCAUUCCACGUCCGGACCGUUCUCGCGCGCCUCUCCCGCCAUGGCGCCCGUCUCCUUCCCUCCCAGCGUAACCGCCUACUCGACUGCACCGCCUUACGGUCCAGCUGACCCCAUGAACAGAACGGCUGGCCCGCGGCCCGCUGACGAAGGAGGCGUGGGACUGGGACUGACCGCACAGAACACACAGUCCCUGGGCGGCGGCGGAGUGUUGAUUCCGUGCGUUUUGGACUUGAAGUCCGGCUCGUCCACCCAGGCAGAGAAACGCAAGGCAAACAGCGACGCUUCGAGGCGGUUUCGUACUCGCAAGCGAAAUGAGAUGCAGCUUGAGCUGCGUAUCACCGCACAGGAGGAAGAGAUCCAGAAGAGUGGCGGGAUCAUACGUCGUCAGACGGAGGAGAUUCGCGCCCUGAUGCGGCAGCGAGACCAUUAUCGGUCUGAGCGAGACUUCUUUCGUGAUCAUCUCAGCCGUUCGGGUUCCUUGAACCAACUGCCUGCCCGGCCAGCCUCGCCCCCUCCGCCCACGCCUGCUCCUGCUGCUGUCGCCGUCGCACCAAUGGAAGCAGGAACGACACCCGGAGGAGACCUCUCACGAUCCGCAUCCAGUUCGCAGCCAAGCUCUACUGGGCCAGUUCCAUCAGCGCACUUCCCCGAUCCCGCUCGUCCCCCGGGCAGCUGGACGGGCAGUCCAACGCCAUAUUCGCCUGCACCACCGACACACCGGGGCCUUGCGCCUGCUGGACCGCCUUCCGUGACGGGGGGCCUCUGCCUCCACUGCAGGGGGCGUGGCGACAAUAACCUGUGUUUUUCCUUUUUGUCUGUGUUAUUCUUUUUAAUCCCCUCUGCUGCCCGGAGGAACACGGUCGCUGGCAUGACCGCGGCAGAGGGUGUUGUCGUGAUCUCCAUUAGCGAUUCCAAAAAGCGCCUUGUCUGCUUCGGCCGGGUGUAUUAA